AAAUCCUCAAAUCUGCUUCUGCUGCCACCCUCCUCUUUCAAUAACGCUUUCAUUAUUAUAUUUUAAUACUGCCACGCCAUUUAACCCAUGUCCCAAAGGCCAUCUUUCUUCAUUACUAUCCAAAACGUCAUCUUCUUUAACCUCUUUUCUUCAUCCGACACGCACCGCAGUUACUUGCAUGAAACCAAGAGUUUCUUGAAUUUGAUGCUAGAGUUUUGAUAUUGACCGCAUAACUCGUUGAGUGGGAUUCCAUCAUAGAGCCCUGAGGAUAAGCUUACUGUAGCAUUCCCUCCCUUGCUUUCGUACUGCUCCUGAAUUAUAUGAUCCCCUCCCUCACACUGAAUCUGCGCGUCACGGUUAUAUUACGCCGCACUCUUCUCCUGUUGUUUUUCCUUCUCUUUCUCUCUUUCUCUGUCUUUUUAACUUCGCAGUUUCUGGCUUUUUCCUCACUCUGUAAAUGUGAUGUAGCCCUGUUUUACUGUACCAAUUUUCUUUUUGAUGGGGAAGAAGGGAGGUACCUCCUGGUUGACCGCUGUGAAAAGGGCAUUUAGAUCUCCAACCAAAGACACUGACAAAAGGAACCAGGAAGAAGACGAAGACAAGAAGAGAGAAAAACGACGAUGGAUUUUCAGAAAAGCAGCGAAUCAGGAGGCAGCGGUGAGUAUCCAGCAGACCCCAACCAAGCAGUACCCCGAUUCGGCUGCUGCGACCACUGCUGAUCGUGUGCCUGUGCCGACGGCGACGACAUCGGUGACAGAUCAGAACAAUGCGCUUGCCGUGGCGGUGGCGAGGGCUGAAGCGGCCAUGGUCACCGCCCAGGCGGCGGUGGAAGCGGCUAGACUGAGGGGGCCUUCGAAUCAAGCUAGGGAGCACCAUGCUGCUACGGCGAUUCAAACAGCUUUCAGAGGAUACCUUGCAAGGAGGGCACUUCGAGCGCUGAAGGGGUUGGUAAAAUUGCAAGCUUUGGUGAGGGGUCAUAAUGUUCGGAAGCAGGCAAAAAUGACCCUUCGGUGCAUGCAGGCUCUGGUUCGAGUACAAGCCAGAGUGCUUGACCAGCGCUUGAGGUUCUCGCACGAGACCAGUAGUAGAAAAUCCACAUUCAGUGACACCAACAGCGUCUCGCGGUAUCUUCUGGACAUUUCAGAUAGGAGAUCGAUGUCAAGAGAAGGAAGCAGUGUUGCAGAUGACUGGGAUGAACGCCCGCACACAGUUGAGGAACUUUCGAGGAGUGGUUGGAACUCGUCGAUUGGGAAUGAAGAUGAGCUGGAAGAGAGACCGAAAUGGCUGGACCGGUGGAUGGCUUCAAAGCCAUGGGAGACCAGAGGAAGAGCUUCGACUGAUCAAAGAGACACCAUUAAAACUGUAGAAAUUGACACUUCUCAGCCUUUCUCAUUUCUGGGAGCCAACUACAGAAGAUCACAUCCAAAUUAUCAAUAUAACCCACACCAACCGCAAAGGCAUUCAGUGGCUUCCCCACUCCACAGGAGCCACCAAAAUAGUUCUCUUCAUCAAUCCCCUGCAACCCCAUCUCCUGUAAAAUCAAGGCCUAUCCAAGUCCGGUCUGCUAGCCCUCGUGUUGGCAGGGAAGAUAGAACCUACCAUACGUCUCAAACCCCAAGUUUGAGGUCCAAUUACCAUUAUUCUGGAAGCCUGUACCAAAAUGGAAGGGCUGGAACAAGCAUCAGUGGUGGGGGUGCAUUGCCUAAUUACAUGGCGGCAACUGAGUCUGCAAAGGCUCGAGUUCGGUCUCAAAGCGCGCCUAGGCAGAGGCCAUCGACGCCGGAGAGGGACAGAGCAGGAUCAGUAGCAAAGAAGAGGCUUUCAUUCCUAAAUGCUCCAGAUCCUUGCGGUGUUGCAAUGGGUUAUGGAAAUUAUGGACAUAACUUGAGAAGUCCAAGCUUCAAGAGUGUGAGUGCUUCACAUUUUGGGCUGGAACAGCAGUCCAACUAUUCUUCUUGCUACACUGAGAGUCUGGGUGGGGAGAUUUCUCCAUCUUCAACAGGUGAUCUUAGAAGGUGGUUGAGAUGAUUAGAAGCGAAACUCUAAUAACAAUUUAAUACUUGGGAGAGAUCCGCAGGUUCUGUCAUCAUCUGAGACUAAAUCUUUUCAAGGGACUAUUGCUUAAUAAAAGAUUUUGAUGCUCGAGUCACAUUUCAUUAACCCGCUCAACCUAAAUUAUUUAGGGGUGGCCUGAAUUAGAUGUAGGAGCAGCAAGUUCUUGCUUGCUAGUUGCUGGGGAGAAGCUGAGAAUUAUUUGAUUGUGUUUAUCAUUCUUUCCAAUCAAUUCGAUGGAUUGUCCUGUGAAAAUAACUCUAAUGUUGAGCUUCUUGGAUAUUUUAGGGAUAAUUUCAGUUAAGGAUCAGAUAAUUAAUUUUAA